CAGCAGGAGAGAUGAGUUCUCAUUUUGGGGUUGGUCUGACUCAGCAACACAAACCAUCUUUGCAGCUUUUAGACAGAGCCACCAUUUGGAUGUGUGAAGGGUUCUGAAACAGCACAGGAGUACAGUGCUUUACCUACUGCUUUUGUCUCAUCCACCCAUUUUUCCCAGGCAUCUGGGGCAGGACAUUUUGGGACAGAAAAGCUUCACCCACAGUCACAUCCCUGUCUUUGACCAUGAGCUGCCCUGAGUCUCAGAAGUCCGGGGUUGGUGGGAAGAAUGCUGAUUCUCCUCAAAAACAAGUUGUCUUCAGAAAAAGCAGCCGUGACAAAGCUCUGACCAUCUACCUGGGAAAGCGGGACUUCAUUGACAACAUAGAGAAUGUGGAACCUGUAGAUGGUGUUGUAUUGGUGGAUCCUGCUAUUAUCAAGGGGAAAAAAGUGUUUGUGUCCCUCACCUGCGUGUUCCGCUACGGCCGGGAAGACAUCGACGUGAUUGGCCUCGCCUUCCGCCGGGACCUGUUCUUCUCCAGGGUCCAGGUGUACCCACCUGCUGACAAGCCAGAGUCCCUCACCCUCUUGCAGGAAUCUCUGCUAAAGAAGCUGGGGAAAAAUGCUUAUCCCUUUUUCUUUACAUUUCCAGAUUACCUGCCUUGCUCAGUCUGUCUGCAGCCUGCACCUCGUGAUGUUGAUAAGACUUGUGGGGUGGACUUUGAGGUGAAAGCUUUCUCAACAGAAAAUGUGGAAGAGAGAAUUCAUAGGAGGAACUCUGCACGUCUGCUGAUCCGUAAGGUGCAGUAUGCUCCGGAGAAGCCGGGCCCCAAGCCUUGUGCAGAGACCACCUGGCAGUUCUUCAUGUCCAACAAGCCCCUGCACCUGAAAGCUUGCCUCAGCAAAGAGAUAUACUACCAUGGUGAGCCCAUUCCAGUCACUGUCACCAUCAACAACAGCACAGACAAAACAGUGAAGAAGAUCAAAGUCCAGGUGGAGCAGGUGGCCAAUGUGGUGCUGUACUCCAGUGACUUCUAUACCAAAGUGGUGGCUGCUGAGGAAGCACAGGAAAAGGUGCAGCCAAACAGCAGCCUGACCAGGACACUGACACUUCUGCCAUUGCUUGCCAAUAACCGGGAGACAAGGGAAAUAGCUCUGGAUGGAAAACUGAAGGAUGAGGACACCAACUUGGCUUCUAGUACUAUCAUUAAGGAUGGCAUAGACAAGACAGUGAUGGGGAUUCUGGUUUCCUACAAGAUCAAAGUGAAGCUCACUGUUCCAGGCAUUCUGGGAGACCUCACUUCCAGUGAAGUGGGCACAGAGCUGCCAUUUCGUCUCAUGCACCCCAAACCUGAGGAGAAGAGCCCAGCAGGGAAGGAUGGUGAAGCAGAGCUGGUAUUUGAGGAGUUUGCUCGUCAGCAGCUAAAAAAUACACCUGAUGAAGAGGACAAGAAUUCACCUUCAACUGAUGAGUGAUUAAAAGAACAGGCUGACAGAGGAGCUGUGUUGUUUGGCUUCAGUUACAAAUGUAGGACCCGAGUUUCUAGUAAUCUGCAUGUUCUCAGUUUGUGCACGGUCUUCCAGGGAUCAGCCCUGAGGUCAGUGGACAUCAGGAAUCUUUAUUGCUUGUUACAAGAUUCACCUCUGGAGGAAUGUGGCAAACACAACACCUGGUUCCUGCUCAAGCUACCAGAGGAGGACAGGCCAUCUGCCAUGUCAUGAUUUCUGCUUUCAGGGCUGCCUAAUAAAAAGGUUGGUUGCUUUCAGAAUUGGUGAGAGCUUAAAUAAGGGUUUAUGCAGCCUGCCUGGACUUAUUCAGUGUCAGAGUCUGUGACUUUGAAGUGCCAGUGAACCAAAUCCUAGCCUGGAAGGCAGGCUUGCAGCCAUGGGUGAUUCAUCAAAGCUUCUCAGCAGACUGUACAAACCUGAUGUUAUUUCCUUUUGGUUGCUUUUGUGUUGAUGCUUUACCAAAUUCAGCUAGUGGAUUUUUUCAGUGCUUGCACUGUUCCCAUGUGGCUUUUACAUUCACUUUCUGUACCAGUAAAUGUCUCACAAGUUGUCUCCCACAGCACAGACAAUGCAAAUACACAGUAUUAGCUUUCUAGCAAUGUGCUGAAUAACCAUGUUAUUAAAGAUGAGAUAAAUGUGCACUGUCCAUGAAUUGCUUAAAGCUCCUAUAUACAAUGCCAAACAGAAAUACAAGUCCAGACAGAGCCUGUAUAUAAUCUAGUUUCCUGUAGGCAACUGCUUCAAAAGAGGGUGCAGGAAAAUUAAGGAGGAAAUUAUUGCGCAGCCUUCCCUGAGAAGCCUUUCCCAACAUCCAUCUGCCAGCAGUUGCUGUAUGCUCUAGGAAAUGAGAUUGCUUUCUGCAAACUUUGUUUUCUCUUGUUGAUCUGGAUAUUCUCAUUAUUCAUGUAAACGUUGGUUAUUUUCCUGAAUCACACUUAUGUUUUUGCGGAAGUGAGUUGCAUCAGCUAAUUACA